AUGUCAUAUUGCUCGUUUCAGUCUCCACGAGUGUUCACGGAUCGAUGUAGGGACCCAGGUAGUGAACGUGGAAUGCCGACGGUGCCUUGUUCUACCGUUUGUAUAUCAUUGCUGGAACCCGACAUAGAAGCGGGUGUUUUCAUUGGCUACAAGCACAUUCGUGGUUGUAUGGAUCGAGUGUUGCGACACGGUUUAAUCAAACAGCGUUGCGAACGCACCGAUUUCAUCACCAUGUAA